AUGAACCGAAUCAAGGACAGAGAUGCCCUUGGGGGACAGCCCGAGGCAUUCGACUUAAGGAAUACUGUUCGGAACGUUUGCGCACAAGGGCAAGAGAGAUUCAGUUUGUUCCCGGGCAACAACGAGUGCACUUACAAUCACAUCUUGCUUCGAGUGAGUGAAUAUUUCGCGGAAGUGUUCGUUUCGCGUUUGCUCGUCACGGCACAUACGCGUCAGUCAUCCGUUCUCGGUGCCUCGCGACUACAACAGUUCGCAGUUGCGAGAUCAGGUGCGUGCAGUAAUGAAACGGACAGGUUCGAAAAUCUCAAAAUCGCGCGACAUCUAUCAGAGGACUUUCAUCCUCAUGAUUCACGCACCAACCGGAAGUCCAGGAUCCCCAGAGACUCAUGGUUUCCCGAACAUGAAAACUUGAUCCUCAAGAAGUCAAACUAUUGUUUGCUGUGGGUCAUCCCGAAAGAACUACAAGAAGAUCCAUCACCAGGCGAAAAAUCCUUAGAUGAUGGACUUUUUGAAACCAGUGAAGGGAAUGAAAAUGAUUCAAUUAUCGAUGAACUGGAUGCGGGAGACGCCAAACCCUGUACUUCCACGAAUGAGGCCAGCAGACGAGUCACCAUUUCUAUCCAGGAAACAGAUGAUGGAGAUCUUACAUCUGACAGGAAUUUAGAGCAUCAUGCACCAAAAAAUGCAGCAAUUUCAAAAGAAGCGGUGGAAAAAGCAUUGGGAGACGUUUCGCACUCCAUGUUUCAGUCCUUCACACAGAGAAAAUUCGGGAGCAUCGCCGACCAAACACGAUCAUUUUCACAGGCAAAACUCAGACGCAGCAGUAAACCCAGACCAGUUCAGACGAGGAACCAGCUUUUAUCUGAGUGCUCAUCCCAAGAAAAAGUUGUCAGAUACGAGAAGAUCAUGCAGGAACUGGCCAUCAGUCUCCUAGGCGAAGAACACGCAGGAGACCCCAUUGUUAGAAUAGCAGCAGAUGUCGCCUCUGCUGCAGUCAGUCCCGCGAAUGAUCCGGAGAAGCAGCAUAAAUCUGAAAAAUGUGUAGGGCUCGAGCUGAUCACAACAAACUAUGAUAGAGGGAAUCUGACUUCCCUAUUGUCAGAAGUUCAAGAGCUUUCAGUGAUGAGCUUCGAGCUUCCUACUUCAGACUCCGAACGACCACCCCAAAAUUCUUCACAUAACGUAGUGCAAGAUUCCGCGUCGUCAUCCGGCGUUCACGGGCGACUGCGGUCAUCCGAAAUUCGCGACUGCGUUUCCCUAAAUUCUAUGUCGUCUCAUCGGACCAUUUGCUGCAAUGCAGCCACUUCAAUACACACUUCAUCUUUGGAUUCUACCGCUGGUUCGCAAGUGGAUUUUUCUGCGUUUGUGGACCCAGUUUGGGUUGAAGCUAUCGCGCCUGAAAGCCGUGCCCAGUUCUACCAGUCCAUGUUGUCCGCAUCGGCGGCUAAUGAUGGUGACUCAGCAAGUCUUCAGACCGCUCAAAAAUUUGCUACUAUAUGUACUGUACCUUACAACAAGUUGAGUACCGUUGAAAUCGUGUCACACCGAAGUUCCCCGGACCAUGUAAACGACAAAUCGUGUCGAACAACAAGCAGUGUUGAUGCCUGUGUAAGUAACAAUUGGUCUGCUGCAGCAACAGCAACUUCAAGAAAAUCGUACAAUGAAGUCACUGAAGAAUCUCUAGGAAUGUCUGCAAUUUUACCUGAACUCGGACAGAAAGUUAAAAACGCUUGCAACGGAAAAACUCCGAACCAAAGUUUGCUUCUUCUCGUUGAUGCGAUUUUCUCAUCACAACAAAAGUUACGGUGGAUGAAGACAAUCCUUCAUUUUGUGGAACAACAACUGAGCUCAUCAUCAUCAGGAAGUGGGUUGCAAAGCCAGACAAGAACUCCCACUAAUAAUAUCAGCAGAGAAACCACAUUCUCAGUCAAACAAACGCCACUAAAAUCAGCAGCCGAGGAACGAUUCAGUUCAAACAUCAGUUCUGACUGCAUCAACGAAAUCUACUGCGUCGCUGACAAACAAAAGGGCAAAUCAGACGCCAAACAACUACAACAUGAGCCAAAAUCAUCAGGAAUACUUCUCUCAGUGGCAUCCAGCCAUAAAAAGGACGAUGAACAUCAAUCGUCCAUCAUCAAGCCCAGUGUCUCACCGUCAAGCUCUUAUUCCAGCAACUCGUACGACUUGAUGAGUGCUGGGAACCAAGAGUCCUUGGCUAAAUUAGCUGCCCUGUGCGAAGAAGUUCUCGCAUCGAAUGCGAAUUUCGCCAACAAGAGACCCAAGUCCGAAGCCAGUUCCGGCGGGAAGAUCGGCAAACAACAGUCCAGACAUCGACCUAAUAAUAAUAAUAAACAGCAGCAAAGGAAGGACCUGGUGUCGAUGCAUUCUUCAUCUCUGACCUGGGGAAAGUCGUCGACUGUGAGAGUGAGGCCAUCGUCGGUAAUGAUGGAACAUCACGGUCAGAAUUCAGGACCAGCAGCAGCGAAUCCGUUUUUCUCGUCUUGGGAUAAUCAUUACCAUAAUAAUAAUAAUAAUCCUCAUCAUCAUCGUCAGCAGCAGCAGCAGCAGAACUGCGUGCCAUCGAUUGAUUGCUCGCGAAGCCCUUACUGUCCUCCAUUUUGCUGCCAAUCUGAGCUGACCAAUUGGCACUGUUGCUCCUCCUCUUUCCCUCAACACCAGUCGAUGCAAUCUUCACACCUGCAAAAUGUCCAUAGGGACUCAUUCAUAAACACAAAUAGGGCAAAGAUGGACAAAAUUAGACAGCGACAAAAUUUCAAGAAGCCCAGCAAAAGUGGCAGUCAGGACACUUCGAUGAGGAAUCAGAUAACUUUGUUGCACCAACGACUGAGUGACGUGGAAGCUUAUUUCCUGAAAUGGUCAAAUAUGAACAAGUGUGUUAUGUUUCAAGGUUUGGUUUCAGUUCUGCUCCUGGCACUUGUCAACUCGCAAGAAUUCAUUCAAGUGAGUCCUGUCAUCAGCGAUGAGUGCAUUGGGUGCAUUUGCGAAGGUUCCACUUCGUGUGACCUUUCGGUCAAGUGUACGGGAGGCGGUUAUUUGUGUGGCCCACUUUUGAUUUCCCGGGCUUAUUGGACUGAUGGAGGACAACCCGUGCUCAAGGGGAACAACAAGAAUCAAAACGGAGCUUUUGAGAAUUGCGUGCAGGAUCCUUACUGUGCUGCUCAAACCAUGCGGGGCUACAUGAGUAAAUUCAAGCAAGACUGCAACGGCGAUGGGAAAAUCGAUUGCGUCGAUUUUGCCAUGAUUCACAAAAGCGGAGGAUAUUCUUGCAGCACUCCCAUCCAGGAAACGGAAUAUUUCAAGAAAUUCUUGUCGUGCAAGAACCUGCUGAACCUUGACUGAUGAUGAGACGAUCAACAGUUUUGACUGAAAGGAUCGAUCGAGAUAUAAUUAUAUAGGAUCUGAUCACGAGACAAUGGGAGAUCUGAUUUCUGCUGCGCGUCGUCCAAUUGUUUUUCUUCACACACGGGAAUCAAUGCAAAAUAAUUUUAGUUAUAUGUAAGACGCCUUGGGAAGAAUUUUCCGUGAUUUUGUCUAUUUAGUUCUCAACAAUGCUCUGUUUUAAAUUUUAAUCAUAUACCGUAGAAUGUCAUUAAAAAAAUUCAUAACAAAUUAUUUUCCCUGAAGUAAAAUUCAAAUAGGGUCAAAUUGUGAAGAAGUUGAAUUGUGAGACAACAUCAAAUGUCAUGUUUUCUACAUGAAAUUUGAUACUUCAUGUCUCUCCACAGGUUGACUUGCAAGGCAGAGGUCAAAUUGAGAGUUGACCUCCCAUUAAAUUUGACUGUCAAAUUGUGGGAUGGUUGAAUUGAGGAGGGUUGAAUUGCAAGGUACCACCUGUAUAUAGCGUCAAGGUUAUUACAAUCUCAAUGCAAAAAAUUGUAAAAACAAAGAAUUUUCCAGGCUCCAUAAAUGAUAUUGAUUUGACAAGAAGAUUCUGACAUAGUUCCAUCCAAACAUAUACAACAAAAGGUUUGGAUGACUAUUUUUUUAGAAUUAUGUUACUGUGAGGCUUCAUGGGAUAUUUUAAAAGAUUACUUUUUGGGGUUCAGGCAUUAUUAGGAUGCAGUACUGGAUUAUUAUUUUUUUCUGUGUUUCUCAAUAAUAGCAUGAUAUAUUUUCGGGGUUACAUUCAUAUGUACUGUAUUUCUAAAAGGAGACCUGGUCCAGACCUUCAGUUUCAAUGAUUUGUUCAUCUACUAUGCGCAAGUACCACACCCAAUUUUUUUUUUAAUGAAUCCAGGCAGAAAAAAAGGUGUGUGGUAUGCAGGUUUCCGUUUUUUUUUUUUAGAAAAAAAAUCAUUACACCAGUGCAAGCCAUAUGCAAAUAAUUGUAGACAGCAAAAAAUGAAAAGGGAUUGUUUUCAAGUCUCCUAUACUGGUACAAUGAUUUAUGUUAUUUUAUUUAAUUGCAAGCUGAUUUUUAUCUGAAUUAUUUUGAUUUACCAUCAGUGCAGUACUUUCCUGUUAUCUCUGUACCUCAUUUCUAGACCGCACUACCAUCCAGACAAAUCUUUAGGACAAGUUCAUAAUCACAACAACCUACCAGAAACU